GCUUAUAGGCAGGUAGUGUGAGGCGUCCUUGAGUGAAGUGAAGGGUAUUAUAAUAUAGUCAAGUUUGAAGGAAAGAAAGGGAUCUGUGACGAUGGCCAGCAUUCGAUCCUUGGGUGGGUGUUCCUCCCGCAGAAUGUACUGGCAGGUGGUGUGCCUCUCCUCGUGGCUUUUUCAAGUUCUUCUACUCACCGUGUCUCAAUGUGAGACCUUGGAGACUUCCGAGAAUGCCGGGAAUGCUGCGACCAAAAGCUUCUCUUUCCUUCAGGCAUCGUCUGAUGACAGUGCUCUUCCUGAGCCGCUGCCAAUGCUAUUGCGUUUCAUCGAAAACGCAACGCAACGCAAUGCUGUCUGUGCAGAUGCUACACCUGGUGGGUAUUACCUUCGCAACUACACUGGUAUUACAAAAUGGGUGAUUUUUUUGGAAGGAGACCCAAAUGUCGUGGAGGAGCAAUUUGUGGUGGGCAGGUGGAAGGAUGGGACUCCGAAAAGGUACGCAAUGUCGUCCACGGGCUGGGCACCGAAUUUAUCGGGCUAUCUGUUGGUGUCGCCGUAUGCCAGCGAGAACCCGACCUUCUACGGGUUCAAUCAUGUCUUGCUGAGGUAUUGCAGCGAAGACUUCUGGAUGGGCGAUGUUCCACCAUCGGAUGUAAAUGGGACUGGCACUAUGCGAGGAUUCCGGAUCUUGCAAGAAACUCUGGCAGAUAUCCGGGAUCUUGAACGGGCUACGGACAUUGUUUUUGCUGGUAACAGCGCUGGGGCAAUCGCGGUCAUGAAGCAUGCAAACUGGCUGCAUAAGUACCUGCGGAGCUCCCGCUUCAAGGCAGCGUCCAGCACUUCUCCCUCGCUGAAGAUCAUCCUAGACUCUCCGUUCAUCAUCGAGCACGGAGGCAUGCUCAAUGCUGCUGGAGACUCGAUUCGCCCCAUCAUCGAUAGUGACCCGGACUGUAGCUUGGUCGAUGGUAUACCAUGCUGCCUACUUCCGUACUGCAUGCUGGCAUCGAUCAAAAGGGAAACCAACAUGGGUGUGUUCUUAACUGCGAGCCUGUAUGAUGGUUACGUCUUGUUCCGCGCGACGAAUGUGGGCACGAAGACCGCUCAGCAGGUUGUCUCCAGCAAUCACAUUCGGCCGCUUGAUUACUAUUUGUUCAUGGCAGAUAUGGUUGGCUACAAAGAGUCCGUGAGGCAGACACUUCUGUUCAAUGCCAUCGCCAAUAAUCCUUUGAUAAGCUACUUCAUGCCGGCGUGCCUCCAUCACUCUCUUCUACCUCCGACGAAUGACUGGUUUGUCAGGCGGGAAGGGAUGGGAUUCCGAGAGGACGUCAAUCUGACUUCGUGGUCGAUCGUUUCAGUCAACGGUCGCACCCUUCGUGACGCGAUCACCAAAUGGUUCAACACGACAGAUCUCACGUCCAAGGCGGUUGCAGUCGCAGACACCUGUCUGGGUGCACUCUGCAAUCCAACUUGCCUGACGACCUACGAUGUCUCUGCCACCUCAUCUCAUAUGCUGGAUAGGCCGAUCUGUUUCGGCCUGCUCCUCCUCGUGUAUGCAUUCUUGCUCGCACCGGUCGUCCUGGAGCUCGUAAUCGUCGGUAGAUGGUGCAAGAUGCUGGUAACACAGCAGAAGGUCUUGAAGGUCAGGGCUGUGGAAAGGGCGGAGAGAGAGGCGCAAAGGGAUAGUGCGUGGAGGGAAGAGAAUGAUGCAUUGGCAAGCAAUGAGAUUGGCGGUGGCACAAAGAGGGAAGGAGAAAUCAGCAGUUUCGAAGACAGGCCGAUGCCAGGUGUGGGACGAGGAUCCUCGGCAUUAGAGCGUGACUUUGGGGUUGAUGCUUUGGAGGUGUCCCUGGAGGACCAAGUGUACAUCACUUUCCAUCAGCUGUCGUACUGGGUGGAUGGCGUUGCGCCGAAUGCGAAGAACGGAGUGAAACCCAAACAGAUUCUGAAGACGGUGUCGGGUGCCAUCAAACCGGGUGAAUUGACAGCCAUCAUGGGCCCUUCCGGCUGCGGCAAGACGACCUUGCUGGAACUGCUGAUGGGACGGCGACAGUCCGGGGUGCUCGGUGGGUCCAUCAUGGUGGACGGUGUCCCGUUCGAGGAUCAACGGGAGUGGAUGGAGGCGAAUGCUGCAUUCGUGAAGCAGGAGGACGUCGGCUUUGCCGAGCUCACCGUUCGAGAGAGCUUGACGUACAGCGCCAUGAUGAGGCUGCCACGAACCAUGGACGAUACGCAGAAGCUCAUCAGGGUCGAGCAAGUCAUCGCAGAGGUUGGGCUCAGCGAAUGUGCCGAUGUGAUCUAUGGCGGCGAGAGCGGCCCUCGUCUGAGUGGUGGUCAGCGGCGGCGGCUUUGCAUUGCCACCGAGUUGCUCACCCUCCCUGUCAUUAUAAUGCUGGAUGAGCCCACUUCUGGUCUGGAUGCCACCGCAGCCCUUGAUCUUACUCAGCUGCUGUUGAGGCUCGCUCAUACCGGGAGGACAGUCGGGAUGAUUGUGCACCAGCCAAGGAGGGAAAUGUUCGACAUGUUCGACAGGCUCAUCAUCAUGCUGGAUGGGCAGAUCAUGUUUUCUGGAAAAGCAAACUUGGCGGCUGAGUUCUUUAGCCAUGUGCUUAUGGAGGAGAGGGAGGAGAGUUGCGGCGUGAGCGGCAGCUCGUCGCCAAGCCUGGGGUCAUCAUCCACAUCCCCCUUGUUGAUCGGCGGCGGUUCAGCAUCACGGCACAAGCGCCCCGGUCUUUCCGAGAAAGGGGCUUACCUGGCAGCUGCUGCCGCGAACCCAGCAGAUCUCCUCAUAGACCUCCUGAAAUCGGAUGGCAGGCGCCUUAAAAGGUUUGCGACCAUGAAGUCGUUCCGCCACAUCCGACAACGAAAGCUGAGCAUGACCGCCUCUCCCAAGCACGACAAAGUCGGGACCGCGACCCCUCCAAGGUUCUUCCUGAGUCCACUGAUACUGGCCCAUAUUCCCGGGGCCCGGAGGCUAGCAGACAUAUACAACCCCGGUAAGAACUCUUGGAAGUCAUCAUGGUUCACGCGGCUCUGGGCUCUGGAAGCGAGGGUGUUCACUCGUGGGGUGUGGGGUUGGCAAUCGAUCCUCAUAUUCCUUGUGGCUGGGGUCAUCGGGGGUAUCAUCUGGAUGUCAGCUGACCGCGUCGCUGUCCUCUCCAUAGCCCUAACUGUGAUCAUUGCGAUGCCGCCCUAUGUGAACGCGGCGUACAUUGGCGAUCUCUUCUUCAAAGAGCUGCCCGUCUUCCGCUUGGAACAGGCUGCGGGCGCUUGCGACGUGUUCGACUUCAUUGCCCAUCAUCUCAUCCACAAUGGAUUCCUCUGGACCAUCGCUGGCGUGGUCUGGAUCACCCCCAUGUACCGUAUCCCCCCCAUCGCCUAUGAGAUGGAGCGGUUCAUGGUCUGCCUCGCCGUUUUCCUCACCAUGAUGCAGCUUUCCGCACGGAUUUUGAUGCUCGUUUCAACCGUAGUCAAGACGUUUGAGGCCGCCAUUCUGUACAAUGCCAUCUGGCAAGGCCUGAGUCUCGCCUUCGCUGGUAUUUUUGUACCCAUUGCAUACAUACCAAGCUUUUUCCGCUGGGCCAUUUACCUUUUCCCCAGUUAUCUCUGUUUCUCUACUGUCUGUAAAGUCAGCUUCACAGGCAGGGUCUGGCACUGCAAAAGCCAAUCGCCGUUGCAGUGCCUCUCCCGCACUGGCGAUGCAUGGCUCAGGUUCCUCAGUUUCGAAAGCAUCAGCUCGUGCACCCAUCUUGCAGCUCUCUUUACAUACCACUGGGGCCUGGUUUUCGUCUCCUUCUUCUUGCUCGCCGCGCCCUGGCGACAAAAGUAUCCGAAAAAACGGGCAGAGGACAUGAAUGUUGCAGAAAACACAGCGACAAUGAGAGAAUAACUGAAAGCUAGUUUCUUUUUCUUUUUCUUUUUUUGUUAAAUAACAGAACCUUUCGGUUCUGGCUCCUGCCAUUUCCCUU